AUGAGCAUCAAAAAGGUCGCCGUCCUAGACGACUACCAAGGAGUCUCCAAAUCUUACUUUCAACCCCUGGGCGAUGCGGGAUAUGAUAUCACCAUCUUCGCCGACACUCUUCUGCCAUACAAUCACCCGGACACACCUCAGGAUGCCAAAGAUGCCCUGGUCAAGAGACUCGAGCCAUUCCCUGUCAUCUGUACAAUGCGGGAACGUACACCCAUCCCCGGCGACCUCGUGGCCAAGCUGCCCCACCUCAAGCUGCUUCUGACAACGGGCGCUCGCAACGCCUCUAUCGACGUCAAGGCCUGUUCAGACCGUGGCGUGCCCGUCGCCGGCACUACUAGUGCGCGCGUGAGUCCUGACCAGACUACACAGCACGGCGUGGCGCUCAUACUCGGGCUGGCACGGAACCUAGCCCACGACGAUGCAAUGAUGAAGGCCGGUGGGUGGCAGACCACGACUGUGACAAGCUUGUCCGGUAAGGUGUUUGGGACCGUUGGUUUGGGCCGCCUGGGUUCGGCAGUGGCCAAGAUCAUGAAGGUGGCAUUUGGGAUGCGAGUCAUAUCGUGGAGUCCCAAUUUAACGCAGGAGAAAGCCGAUGCGCAGGCCAAGGCAGCAGGGCUAGCCGUUGGAGAUGAGCGUGGCAACAAGUCUUUCGAGGCUGUGAGUCGGGAAGAAUUAUUCAGCAAUGCUGAUGUGGUUAGUGUGCAUCUGGUCCUUUCCGAUCGGUCGAGGGAUUUGAUCAACAAGGACGACUUCGGCAGGAUGAAGAAGAGUGCCUUGUUCGUCAACACGAGUCGAGGUCCCAUUGCUAAUGAGGAUGAUCUGCUGGAGGUUGCAAAGAAGGGCACCAUCCGUGGAAUUGCUCUUGAUGUGUACGGCAUUGAGCCAUUGCCCAAGGAUAGCGGGUGGAGAAACCCUCGAUGGGGCCAAGACGGGACUUCGCAUGUGCUGCUGAGUCCGCAUAUGGGUUACGUUGAGGCAAACGAUUUGGGCGUGAUGUACCAGCAGCAGGUCGAGAACAUUCUACGCUGGGAGAAGGGGGAGGCUCUCUCCACGGUGUACAAGGAUACCGGAUAUUGA